CCAUGUGCUUUUUAAGACGGCCGGGAGCGCCUGCAAGCUGGAUUUGGUGGAGGAUGCUGCGGCAGGUGCUUCGCAGAGGGCUCCAGUCGUUCUGCCACAGGCUGGGCUCGUGCGUGAGCCGGCACCCGGUCUUUUUCCUCACCGUGCCCGCAGUCCUGACCAUCACCUUCGGCCUCGGCGCGCUCAACCGCUUCCAGCCCGAGGGCGACCUGGAGCGCCUGGUCGCUCCCAGCCACAGCCUGGCCAAGAUCGAGCGCAGCCUGGCCAGCAGCCUUUUCCCCCUGGACCAGUCCAAAAGCCAGCUCUAUUCGGACUUACACACCCCCGGGAGGUAUGGCAGGGUGAUCCUCCUCUCCCCACCCGGGGACAAUAUUUUGCUCCAGGCUGAGGGGAUCCUGCAGACCCACCGAGCCGUGCUGGAAAUGAAGGAUGGGAGGAACAGUUUUAUUGGACACCAACUGGGCGGGGUAGUGGAAGUGCCGAACAGCAAGGACCAGCGGGUCAAGUCAGCCAGAGCCAUUCAAAUCACCUACUACCUCCAGACCUAUGGCUCUGCCACCCAAGACCUCAUAGGGGAGAAGUGGGAGAAUGAGUUCUGUAAGCUUAUGAGGAAGCUCCAGGAGGAGCACCGGGACCUCCAGCUAUACUCCUUAGCGUCCUUCAGCCUCUGGAGAGACUUUCAUAAGACCAGCAUCCUGGCCAGAAGCCAGGUCCUCGUGAGCCUCGUGCUGAUCCUGACCACAGCCACCCUCUCCAGCUCCAUGAAGGACUGCUUGCGCGGCAAGCCCUUCCUGGGCCUCCUGGGGGUGCUCACCGUGUGCAUCUCCGUCGUCACCGCAGCUGGGAUCUUCUUCAUCACCGACGGAAAGUACAACUCCACCCUGCUGGGAAUCCCGUUCUUUGCCAUGGGUAACUAUCCAUCCUUGUGGUAA